CAUGCUUCAGAGUGUAACCAACGCAUAUUCAGGGACAGUUUAAUUCGUAUGUUCAAAUUCCGUUAAAAUGUUCAGAAAGUUCGACGAGAAAGAAGACAUAAUCGGUACUCAGCAGUUGAAGUCGUCAGCUCAGAAAUCAAUACGAUCGAAAAUACUGGAGCAAUUGCCUUUACUAGAUGAUUAUAUUAACGAUAUAUUGCCUAAAAAGGACAGUUUUAAACUGAUCAAAUGCAAAGAACAUGUCGAACUCAUUGCUGAUUGUGACGGGAAGAUACUGUUUAUCAAACCGAGAGAUGUGCCGUAUUUCCCUACUCUUCGCCUCCUUCAUCAGUACCCUUUUAUUUUGCCUCAUGAAAAGGUCGAUAAAGGUGCCAUUAAGUUUGUCCUCAAUGGAUCUCAAAUCAUGUGUCGUGGUUUAACCAGUCCAGGUGCCAGGUUAAAUGUAGAUGUCCCCGAAAAUAGUGUCGUAGCUCUAAUGGCGGAGGGAAAGAAGCACGCGUUGGCGAUAGGUCUUACAAAAAUGUCUGCAGAAGAAAUACUAACAGUGAAUAAGGGUAUUGGCAUUGAAAACCUACACCAUUUGAACGAUGGCCUCUGGAAAGUUCAUACAGUUUUAUGA